UUGUUAUAGAAUCUUACGACGUUUAAAUCAUGACUGUACUAAAACUAUACUUUUUUGUGUGUGUGUCUGUAGGUGAGUUUGAGAUCUCGGUACCCACUCGUGUACAGAUGGGUGUGUACGGCGAGUCUGUGCUUCUGUCCUGCACCUUCCCAGUGAGCGGCGCGUGGGAAGCAGACAGCAGUGUGAUCACGUGGCAGCGAAACCUAGAGGUGGUUCACAGUUUCUUCCAUGGCAGAGACCAGCCGGAGUACCAGAGCCCGAGAUACGCCGGGCGCACCAGCCUGUUCCACCAGGAGAUGAAGAAGGGGAACGCAUCGCUCAGGCUGGACCGUACCACUCUGGAGGACGCGGGGGAGUACACCUGCUCCAUCAGCACUAAGCUGGGCAGCCAGAGGAAGAGUUUCGGCCUCAAAGUAGCAGCGUUCUACCCCGAGCCUCGUCUGCACAUCUCUGUGCUAAACGACGGCCACCUGGAGGUGCUGGUGACCUCAGAGGGCGGCUACCCCUCCCCAUCGCUGCAGUGGCUGAUGGGAAAUGAGACAGACAUCACCAACAACACACACACACGCAGCUGA